ACCUGUCAGUCCUCAUUCGUCAUGCUUCAGUGCGGCUAUGCAAAAACGGCCUAAAGUCACUACCUGGCCUUGAUGACUCUGUCGUGGUCACAACGAUCGUAGACUUUCCUAAAAAUCAUUCACUACCUCGAAUGAAGAUUGAACGUUUGAACGUUUGCAGCAUCUAAUCACUCUCCCGCCGAAAGUGAAUCUUCUGCCGUGCAGUGACCUCACCAGCGCCGAGCUCUCUAAUCGAAAAGUAGACCUAGGCCGCUGGAGUGAGGGGCUGUUUUUCGCAAAUCACCACGACCCAUCAGGACAAGCUCUUACGGCAUCCCAACCAACUGCCUUGGCGAGAACAAAUCCUCGCGCGCUCUUUUCGAACCUUUCGCGACGGUGACCAAAACCACAAUAUCGAACCAUGAUGGGUUUGACCGGGCGCAGAAGGACAGCGUCCAGCGCCAGCAACCGGUCACUUUCCGAUGAUGAUGAUACGUCAGUCAUGGAGCCCGAUCAGGGCAACGUUCUCAUGCACAUCAUCUCGCAGCUUCGACCGGGUGCCGACCUGAGCCGAGUCGUCCUGCCGACCUUCAUCCUCGAGCCGCGGAGCAUGCUGGAGAGGAUCACCAACUUCAUGUGCCAUCCUGAAAUGCUCCUCCCAAUCCCUCAAAUCGAAGACCCUGUCAUCCGGUUUGUGUCUGUCGUCAAAUUCUACCUGAGUGGUUGGCACAUCAGACCCCCAGGCGUCAAGAAACCCCUCAACCCGAUUCUGGGCGAGCUCUUCACUUGCUACUGGGACCUCCCGGACAAAACGCGCGCAUACUACAUAUCCGAACAGACGUCGCACCACCCCCCGAAGUCGAGCUACUUCUAUGCCGCACCCCAUCAUCACAUCCGCGUCGACGGCACGCUCAAGCCACGGAGCAAGUUUCUUGGGAACUCGGCAGCCAGCAUGAUGGAGGGCAUAGCCGUCUUGACGCUCACAAAUCGGGGGAAGGACCCAAAGAAAGGCGAGAAGUACAUACUGACACAGCCUAACAUGUACGCACGAGGUAUCCUGUUUGGGAAGAUGAAGUAUGAGCUGGGCGACCACAGCUUCGUUCGCUGUCCUGAAUUAGGCCUUUCGGCUGAUAUUGAGUUCAAGACCAAGGGGUGGGUUGGCGGCACUUACAAUGCCAUCGGGGGGACCAUUCGGAAUGACAACACAGGCGAGGCGCUUUUCGAACUCUCCGGAUUGUGGAGUGAUGAGAUGGUUAUCAAGGACCUAAGAACUGGUCACCGGGAAACUUUUUUCAACGGCGCGAGAGCCAGGGCGUCCAAGCCCCAGGUACGGCCGCUUGGGGAACAAGAAGAGCGCGAGUCGCGAAAGCUUUGGCAAAAGACGGCCCAAGCCGUCAAGGACAAGAACCAUGAGCUUGCUACGGAUGAGAAGACGCGCAUUGAGGACAUGCAACGUGAAGAGGCGGCGACUAGAGCAGCCGAAAACAUCGAAUGGCACCCGCGACUUUUCAGGAGAGUAAGGGGCGGCCCGGGUGGGCAAGAAGAAGGCGAAGAGGAUUUAGAGUGGAUCAUUAACGCGAAGAUCAAUGCAUCAACGCCGGAGCAACAGGCCGAGCAGAUCAUGGCCAUAUACCCCAUUAUCCAGGGCCAAAAGCCCUCGGAGCGCCACUUCGUCCCACUAAAAUCACCAGCCGCCACUCCGAGUAUAGCGGAGCAUCCGGCGCCUCAGGAAGCCCCAGGUGAUCUAAUAGACUUUUGUCAGGACACUGCCCCCCCUCCUCCUCCAGUUCCAGCAGAAAACUCGAUGGUAGCCGUGCAAGCCGAGAAGCGAGACAGCAAGCAUUCGAGUGAAAUCCACAACAUGUUGCGGUCGACAGGCAAGGCGCCGGAAGGUCCCCUGAUCGACUUCACGGGGGACAUGAAGAAGGACCUUCCUAACGCUGGGUUGAAGAGAAGCGAGACCGCGGAGAGCAAUGACGCUUUCUUCGAUACUACAAGCUGAGUAGCUGAGCGAGCCACGAGUGGUGGGUUUCUUGGAUGUGUUUUUAAAGGGUUAACUGGCCAGGCUAUGGCAAGGGAUAGUCGGACGACUGGUUGACUGCUAGUGAUACCAAUACGGACAUACCUCAGUUCAUGAGUUGAUGAGCCAUACACGACUUUCAUCGGUUUGGCUUCGUCGUUGCGUGAACUUUAGAUUUGGGCAUUUCAACAGUAACAGCUUUGGCAGUACCAAUUAUACCACUUUCGUAGCAUCUGCCAAGUCAUGACCGAGUUUUAUACGAGUCAGCUCAGUGUUAAAC